GAUUGUCUAAUUAAAGCAUAUAUUUGUAAAAGACGUAAUGAACCAAUAGAAUUGCAGGGAAAUAAAGAAAAUUCGAUAUCUCAUUCGCAACGGCUUGUAGCCAAUUAAACUUUAACUUCAAUGUUACCGAUAAAAUUCGUAUUUUAUUUCUAGCAUUCAUCUCAGGGUUUUGUGAUAGCCUCUAAAUAUAUUUAUAUUUUAUUAUUUUAUCGACGUUAUAAUUAGUUGCUUCAAAGAUGCUGAAAUUAAUAACUAUUCUAUUGGCAGCCACUUUAGCAAAUACUCAUGCCGUCCAAUUGAAUUUAAAACCAUAUGUCCUACAGAACAGUGAUGGAAGUCAGACAAACACAGCAAUAACUACAACAAAACCUUCUAACAUAGUGGCUGUAAUAAAUGAAGUUGUCACUACGAUGCUUUCAAAUUUAGUAAAAAACCUCUUAGUCUUUACCUUGAAUAAUAUGAUAGUGGUUUUCGUAUCUUCGUUGAUAACUAUAGCUCUCUGCAAUUACACCAGUGCCUGUACAUAUGUAAAUAGCGUUACUCCAUUCCGCCAAAUCGAAGUUGCUUUGAAAUACUUGGCAACACCAAACAGGAUAAUGCAAAUAGCAGAUUUUGUACACGAUGCCAUCAAGAAGUAUUCAGAAAUUGAGAAUGAAGAUCAGUAGAAUCUGUGUGCGUGAAAAUAAAGAUUUUUAUACUCA